CGCAGCCGCUCCGCCCCUUGCAGCCGCGGCAGCCGGCGUGUGCCUGGGGCAGCGGGUCACUAGGCUCCGCCCCGGCCGCCGGCCCUGGGGCCGGCACUUUGUUCGGGAUGCCGCCUCCCUCUGCUCAUUGUGGGGCCGCGGCCGGCGGCGGCCCGAGCGCGCGGCGGGAGCUCGGAGCGCGCGGCUGUCGCUGAGACUCGCUCAAGGGCUCGAGCGCCGGCCCGGCAGCCCCGCGGAACUUUGCGCUCGCGGGCGGAGGGCGCCCGGCGCGGCGCAGCGCGGCGCCACUCUGGAGAUGCGCCAGGGCGCGCAGCGGCUGCCGAGGGGGCGGCGGUGCGGACUCGCAGCCGGGAAGGGCCGGCGCGCCGGACAGUAGCCUACAUCGUCACCCUGCUGACCAUGAAUGGGAUGGCCAAUGUGAAUUCUGCCGGCCGCCUCCACUAUGCCUCCUCUAUUCCUGUACCCCGGGCUUCUUCUCAGUCCCGGAGUAGAACACCUGCUGCUUCACCCCAGCUGCGGCCACGCCAGGCUGGCCUGGCCCUCAGCCCCCAGCGAGCUGCCUCUCCAAGACUGGGCAGGACUGCAGGCCCUCCCAGAACCUCAUCUCCAAAGGCCUCCCUGGGGAGAGGCUCACCCAAUGCUGCCCGGGCAGUGAAGGAGUCAGCUGAGGGUAGUGAAGGUCUUCCCAGCUCCCCAUGGAGCAGCCCCCGGGUGACACCAAAAGCAGCCCUGUCCAGUCGGGCCGGGGCCAGAAGAAUCGGGGAGCCCACUGGCACCCAUGGGAAGAAGAAGAAGGCCCAGGAAGGGACCUCAGGGUGCCAGACCCGUGGCAGGAGCCCAUCCCGAACAAGCUGUCAUGCAGAAACUCAAAUACUAGGCACUCCUGAGGAUCAAAAGCCCCCCAGCUGGCCAGAACAAGACUAUAGAGACAUAAACUACACGGCUUCUGGAAUGCCCAGGCCUUUGGAACCUGAGGAUGGCGUGACUUCAGGGGCUUCCUCGCCUGUGUGCAGCCCAGUGCGGGGCACACGCCCCUCCCCCAUGCUGGGGGCCAUUAGCUUCUCCUCCAUCCAUCAGCAGAGUCAGCCAGUCACAGCAACUGUGGCGCCCUUUCAGUACAGGCUCCAGAAAGACCAUGAGCCUGGCCCUGCUCCCCAGGGCCCCUGGAAGCUCGAUGGCUCCUGUGCACCCCUCAGCAGGCCUGAGGAGAGCUUCUCCUGCAUGGACGCGAGGAUCGUCCAUGCGCUCCUCGCGGGCAGAAUGCUGGGCAGCGGCGUCAAGAGCACGCAACCCGAGGUGGAGCUGAGCAGCGGCAGCGGCGGCGACGAGGGCGCGGACGAGGCGCGGGGCGCGGGCAGGAAGGCGGCCGCAGCAGAAGGCAGAGGCAUGCUGCCCAAGCGCGCCAAGGCGCCCGGCGGCAGCGGCAGCAUGGCCAAGGCGAGCGCGGCCGAGCUGAAGGUCUUCAAGUCCGGCAGUGUGGACAGCCGUGUCCCCGGCGGGCCACCGGCCUCCAACCUGCGAAAGCAGAAGUCGCUCACCAACCUCUCCUUCCUCACCGACUCCGAGAAGAAGCUGCAGCUCUGUGAACCCGAGUGGAGCGACGACAUGGCCAAGGCGCCCAAGGGCUUGGGCAAGCUGGGCUCCAAGGGCCGCGACGGCCCGCUGAUGUCCAAGACGCUGUCCAAGUCAGAACACUCGCUCUUCCAGGCCAAGGGCGCCCCGGUGGGCGGCACCAAGACCCCGUUGGCCCCUCUGGCGCCCAGCCUGGGAAAGCCGAGCCGGAUUCCUCGUGGACCCUAUGCCGAGGUCAAGCCGCUCAGCAAGGCGCCAGAGGCGGCUGUGAGCGACGAUGGAAAGUCGGACGACGAGCUGCUGUCCAGCAAGGCCAAGGCCCAGAAGAGCUCCGGAUCCGUGCCCUCUGCUAAGGGCCAGGAGGAGCGUGCCUUCCUCAAGGUGGACCCCGAGCUCGUGGUGACGGUGCUGGGCGACCUGGAGCAGCUGCUCUUCAGCCAGAUGCUUGACCCUGAGUCCCAGAGAAAGAGGACAGUGCAGAACGUGCUGGACCUUCGACAGAACCUGGAAGAGACCAUGUCUAGCCUGCGAGGUUCCCAAGUGACUCACAGCUCUCUGGAGAUGACCUGCUACGACAGUGAUGACGCCAACCCCCGCAGCGUGUCUAGCCUCUCCAACCGCUCCUCACCUCUGUCCUGGCGCUACGGCCAGUCCAGCCCACGGCUGCAGGCGGGUGAUGCUCCCUCGGUGGGUGGGAGCUCCCGCUCCGAUGGGCCACCUGCCUGGUACAUGCACGGGGAGCGGGCACACUACUCCCACACCAUGCCCAUGCGUAGCCCCAGCAAGCUCAGCCACAUCUCCCGCCUGGAGCUGGUUGAGUCGCUCGACUCGGAUGAGGUGGAUCUCAAGUCUGGCUACAUGAGCGACAGUGACCUCAUAGGCAAGACCAUGACAGAGGAUGACGACAUCACCACCGGCUGGGAUGAGAGCAGCUCCAUCAGCAGUGGACUCAGCGAUGCCUCGGACAACCUCAGCUCGGAAGAGUUCAACGCCAGCUCCUCGCUCAAUUCCCUCCCGACUACUCCCACUGCUUCUCGCAGGAACUCCACAGUAGUGCUGCGCACAGAUUCUGAGAAGCGCUCACUGGCUGAAAGCGGGUUGAGCUGGUUUAGUGAGUCAGAGGAGAAGGCCCCCAAAAAGCUUGAGUACGACAGUGGCAGCCUGAAGAUGGAACCUGGAACUUCCAAGUGGCGGAGAGAUCGGCCCGAGAGCUGUGAUGAUUCCUCCAAGGGUGGGGAGCUGAAGAAACCCGUCAGCCUGGGCCAUCCUGGCUCCCUGAAGAAGGGCAAGACUCCUCCUGUGGCUGUCACCUCUCCCAUCACCCAUACUGCCCAGAGCGCCCUCAAAGUCGCAGGCAAGCCUGAAGGCAAAGCCACAGACAAGGGCAAACUCGCCGUGAAAAACACCGGGCUGCAGCGUUCCUCCUCGGACGCUGGCCGGGACCGCCUGAGUGAGGCCAAGAAGCCACCAUCGGGCAUCGCGCGGCCCUCCACUUCUGGCUCCUUCGGCUACAAGAAGCCACCCCCUGCCACCGGCACCGCCACCGUCAUGCAGACUGGUGGCUCAGCCACACUCAGCAAGAUCCAGAAGUCCUCGGGCAUUCCCGUGAAGCCUGUUAACGGGCGCAAGACUAGCCUGGAUGUGUCCAACAGUGCAGAGCCCGGCUUCCUGGCUCCUGGAGCCCGUUCCAACAUCCAGUAUCGGAGCCUGCCCCGGCCGGCCAAGUCCAGCUCCAUGAGUGUAACCGGUGGGAGGGGUGGCCCACGUCCUGUUAGCAGCAGCAUUGAUCCCAGUCUCCUGAGCACCAAGCAGGGAGGGCUCACACCCUCCAGACUGAAGGAGCCUUCCAAGGUAGCCGGUGGGCGGGCCACUCCAGCACCGGUCAACCAGACAGAUCGGGAGAAGGAGAAGGCCAAGGCCAAAGCAGUGGCCUUGGACGCAGAUAACAUCUCCCUGAAGAGCAUUGGCUCCCCGGAAAGUACUCCCAAGAACCAAGCAAGCCACCCGCCAGCCACCAAGCUGGCCGAGCUGCCCCCAACCCCUCUCAGGACCACAGCCAAGAGCUUUGUCAAGCCACCCUCACUCGCCAACCUGGACAAGGUCAACUCCAACAGCCUGGACCUCACCCCGUCCAGCGACAACCACGCACCCAAAGUCCCAGAUCACCACACCACAAGCUCCACCUCAGGCGGUGCUCUCUCUUCCUGCUUCACCCCCAGUCCAGCCCCCAUCCUUAAUAUUAACUCUGCCAGCUUCUCCCAGGGCCUGGAGCUAAUGAGUGGGUUCAGUGUCCCAAAGGAAAGCCGUAUGUACCCCAAACUCUCAGGCCUGCACAGGAGCAUGGAGUCCCUCCAGAUGCCAAUGAGCCUGCCCAGUGCCUUCCCCAGCAGCUCGCCCGUCCCCACGCCCCCUGCCCCAGCUGCUGCUCCUGCCGAGGAAGAGGCUGAAGAACUGAGCUGGAGUGGAAGUCCCAGGGCCGGGCAGCUGGACAGUAACCAGCGGGAUCGGAACACUCUUCCCAAGAAAGGGCUCAGACUGUCCCUGUGUAGCUGUCCCUGGCUGAGUCCUGCUGCCGUCUGCAGGUACCAGCUGCAGUCCCAGGAAGACCCCAAAGAGCGGCGGCACUCCCACACCAUCGGUGGCCUGCCCGAGUCCGACGACCAGGCCGAGCUGCCUUCCCCCCCAGCACUGUCCAUGUCCUUGAGUGCCAAGGGCCAGCUCACCAACGUAGUGAGUCCCACUGCGGCCACCACGCCAAGAAUCACCCGCUCCAACAGCAUCCCCACCCACGAGGCGGCCUUCGAGCUAUACAGCGGCUCCCAAAUGGGGAGCACCCUGUCCCUGGCCGAGAGAUCCAAAGGGAUGAUUCGGUCAGGAUCCUUCCGAGACCCCACGGAUGAUGUGCACGGCUCUGUGCUGUCCCUGGCCUCCAGCGCCUCCUCCACGUACUCCUCAGCUGAGGAAAGGAUGCAGUCUGAGCAAAUCCGGAAGCUCCGUAGGGAACUGGAGUCAUCCCAGGAGAAAGUGGCCACCUUGACAUCUCAGCUUUCUGCCAACGCUAAUCUCGUGGCUGCUUUUGAGCAGAGCCUGGUGAACAUGACGUCCCGCCUGCGACACCUGGCAGAGACAGCCGAAGAGAAGGACACCGAGCUGCUGGAUCUGCGGGAAACCAUCGAUUUUCUCAAGAAGAAGAACUCAGAAGCCCAGGCUGUUAUUCAGGGAGCCCUCAAUGCCUCGGAGGCCACGCCCAAAGAACUUCGGAUCAAGAGACAGAACUCCUCGGACAGCAUCUCAAGCCUCAACAGCAUCACUAGCCAUUCCAGCAUUGGCAGUGGCAAGGAUGCUGAUGCCAAAAAGAAGAAGAAGAAGAGCUGGCUCCGAAGUUCCUUCAACAAAGCCUUCAGUAUUAAAAAAGGCCCCAAGUCCGCCUCCUCGUACUCCGAUAUCGAGGAGAUUGCCACGCCCGACUCCUCUGCCCCCUCAUCCCCCAAGCUCCAGCACGGUUCCACGGAGACUGCCUCUCCCUCCAUCAAGUCCUCCAACUCCUCCUCUGUGGGCACUGAUGUCCCUGAGGCCCCUGCUCAGUCAGCUCCCCAUGCUGCCAGGCUAUUCCACAGCAAUGAAGAAGAGGAGCCAGAGAAAAAGGAGGUCUCGGAGCUGCGCUCGGAGCUGUGGGAGAAGGAGAUGAAGCUCACAGACAUCCGCCUUGAGGCCCUCAACUCCGCCCACCAACUGGACCAGCUCCGGGAAACCAUGCACAACAUGCAGUUGGAGGUGGACCUGCUGAAGGCAGAGAAUGAUCGGCUAAAGGUAGCCCCCGGCCCCUCCUCUGGUUCUACCCCAGGGCAGGUCCCUGGAUCGUCUGCUCUCUCAUCACCUCGCCGCUCGCUUGGCCUUGCACUCACCCAUUCCAUCAGCCCAAGUGUCACGGAUACAGAACUGUCACCCAUGGAUGGCAUCAGCACUUGUGGUCCCAAGGAGGAAGUGACCCUACGGGUUGUGGUCCGGAUGCCCCCACAGCACAUCAUCAAAGGGGACCUGAAGCAGCAGGAAUUCUUCCUGGGCUGCAGCAAGGUCAGCGGAAAAGUUGACUGGAAGAUGCUGGAUGAAGCAGUUUUUCAAGUGUUCAAGGACUAUAUUGCUAAAAUGGACCCAGCCUCAACCCUGGGACUAAGCACUGAGUCCAUCCAUGGCUACAGCAUCAGCCAUGUGAAGCGCGUGCUAGAUGCUGAGCCCCCAGAGAUGCCUCCUUGCCGCCGCGGGGUCAACAACAUAUCCGUGUCACUUAAAGGUCUGAAGGAGAAGUGCGUGGACAGCCUGGCCUUUGAGACGCUCAUCCCCAAGCCCAUGAUGCAGCACUACAUCGGCCUUCUGCUCAAGCACCGGCGCCUCGUCCUCUCGGGCCCCAGUGGCACGGGCAAGACCUACCUGACCAACCGACUGGCUGAGUACCUGGUAGAGCGCUCUGGCCGCGAGGUCACCGAGGGCAUCGUCAGCACCUUCAACAUGCACCAGCAGUCCUGCAAGGACCUGCAGUUGUAUCUCUCCAACCUGGCCAACCAGAUAGACCGGGACACAGGCAUCGGGGAUGUGCCCUUGGUGAUCCUCUUGGACGACCUGAGCGAAGCAGGCUCCAUCAGUGAGCUAGUCAACGGGGCCCUCACCUGCAAGUACCACAAAUGCCCCUAUAUCAUAGGUACCACUAAUCAGCCUGUCAAAAUGACACCCAACCAUGGUUUGCACUUGAGCUUCAGGAUGCUGACCUUCUCCAACAACGUGGAGCCGGCAAAUGGCUUCCUGGUCCGAUACCUGAGAAGGAAGCUGGUGGAGUCGGACAGCGACAUCAACGCUAACAAAGAGGAGCUGCUGCGGGUGCUGGACUGGGUACCCAAGCUCUGGUACCACCUACACACUUUCCUGGAGAAGCACAGCACUUCCGACUUCCUCAUCGGCCCGUGCUUCUUUCUGUCCUGUCCCAUCGGCAUUGAGGACUUCCGGACCUGGUUCAUUGACCUGUGGAACAACUCCAUCAUUCCUUACCUCCAGGAAGGGGCCAAGGAUGGGAUCAAGGUGCAUGGACAGAAAGCUGCUUGGGAGGACCCAGUGGAAUGGGUCCGGGACACUCUUCCUUGGCCAUCGGCGCAACAAGACCAGUCAAAGCUGUACCACCUGCCCCCACCCACCAUUGGCCCUCACAGCAUCGCCUCUCCUCCUGAGGACAGGACAGUCAAGGACAGCACCCCAAGCUCUCUGGACUCAGAUCCCCUGAUGGCCAUGCUGCUGAAACUUCAAGAAGCUGCCAACUACAUCGAGUCUCCAGACCGAGAGACCAUCCUGGACCCCAACUUGCAGGCCACGCUCUGAGGGUGCGGGACUCCCUGUCACCCCAGACAGCAGAAGACUGGCGUCAGCUGCAGCAGCUCCUCCUCUCCCCGCUCUUCUCCAGCACCUGCUCCUGCCCCAGGAGGAGAUGAGGAGGGAGGAGGGCGUGGGUGGAAAGGGCAGGUUCUUGGUGCUGCACCUUUGAGAACUUCCUAGUAAGGACUGGUGGGGUAGCAUUGGGAACUUAUGUCCCCUAAAUCCACUUCCUUGAUGUCCUCUCGUGACUUUGGGGGAAAGAUGAUUCUGGGUCUUUUCCUUAAUUUCUUGUUUCAAUCGCAAACUCCUAGGCUUCCAGGGGAGGGAUUCCGAAGUCAUGACAAAAAAAAGACUGUGCAGCAGAUCCUGAUGCUCACGGAGGAGUUAGGCAUGGGGGAAGAUGAGGGAGGUAGCAAGUUUCCCAGACUCUCACAUCCCCUCCUAAGUCUGUCACUGCUGCCAACAACUCUUCCCGGAGAUCUGGCUAGAGCCCAGAAAAUCAAGCAUGUAGUUUAAAAAACGUCGCAAUCAAUCUGUAAAAGGUUUUAAAUACACACACACACACACACACACUCACACACACACAAUGGAAAAGAUGAAGCUGGAGAAAAGGGGACCAGUUGCCUGGGGAGAAAGAGAGCCACACAUACCCCCACCACCGCCUUCUGAUUAACAUGGGCAGUUUGACAUGCUGGCUGCCAGUCUGAGUCACCAGACCACAACAAUAACGUCACAGCCUUCGGGGGAAGACGGAUAGCUCUGUCUUUCUGCUCUCUAAUUUAACACUCAUGAGAGUCAAUAAACCCUACUUUUUAUUUUUUA